UUCCGGCCGCCCCGCGUUCCGCCUGCAGCCCAGAAGUUAGCAGGCUGUGUUCCGAUUAACUUUGAAGGCGCGGGAGUCCUCGUCGCCCUUCCCGAGAAGCGGCGGCCACUUUCCCCCGGCGCUUCGCGGGGCGGUUCUGCGAUCCUGCGAGACCCGCGGAGCGAUCCUCUGGGGAAGGAUUUUAGACUCUGAGGAGCAAUUGGAGCUAAUCCACAUAUGGAAAUGGAAACCACCGAACCUGAGCCAGACUGUGUAGUGCAGCCUCCCUCUCCUCCUGAUGACUUUUCAUGCCAAAUGAGACUCUCUGAGAAGAUCACUCCAUUGAAGACUUGUUUUAAGAAAAAGGAUCAGAAGAGAUUGGGAACUGGAACCCUGAGGUCUUUGAGGCCAAUAUUAAACACUUUGCUAGAAUCUGGCUCACUUGGUGGGGUUUUUAGAUCCAGAAACCAGGAUGCAGAUGAGAACAGCUUACAUGAACCUAUGGUGAAAAAACCCCUGGAAAUCAACACAUCCUGUCCACCAACAGAAAACAAUAUGUCUGUCUUGAUUCCUGAGGGGACAAAUGUCGGGGACCAAAUACCAGAAACUCGCCCUUCUACUGAUGCUCCAGAACAAGUGAUUCCAAUCCAGGAUCACAACUUUCCAUCAGAAACCAUUAGUGGGACAGUGGCUGAUUCUACAGCAGGGCACUUCCAGACUGCCCUUUUGCACCCAGUUUCAAGUGAUGUUCCCGUUAGUCCUGACUGCAUAGACAAAGUCAUGGAUUAUGUUCCAGGGGUUUUCCAAGACAACAGUUUUACAAUUCAAUACAUUUUGGACACCAGUGAUAAGUUGAGUACCGAGCUCUUUCAGGAUAAAAGUGAGGAGGCCUCCCUUGAUCUUGUAUUUGAGUUGGUGAACCAGCUACAGUACCACACUCACCAAGAGAACGAAAUUGAAAUUUGCAUGGACUUUUUGCAAGGCAUGUGUAUUUAUGGCAGGGAUUGUUUGAAACACCACACGGUCUUGCCCUAUCAUUGGCAGAUCAAGAGGACAACUACCCAAAAGUGGCAGAGUGUAUCCAAUGAUUCCCAGGAGCACUUGGAAAGAUUUUACUGUAACCCAGAGAAUGAUAGGAUGAGAAUGAAGUAUGGAGGACAAGAAUUUUGGGCAGAUUUGAAUGCCAUGAAUGUGUAUGAAACAACUGAAUUUGACCAACUACGAAGGCUGUCCACACCACCCUCUAGCAAUGUCAAUGCUAUUUACCACACAGUCUGGAAAUUCUUCUGUAGGGACCACUUUGGAUGGAGAGAGUAUCCUGAGACUGUUAUUCGAUUGAUUGAAGAAGCCAACUCUCGGGGUCUGAAAGAGGUCCGAUUUAUGAUGUGGAACAAUCACUACAUUCUCCACAACUCAUUUUUCAGGAGAGAAAUAAAAAGGAGACCUCUCUUCCGCUCCUGUUUUAUAUUGCUCCCAUAUUUACAGACACUUGGUGGUGUUCCCACACAGGCUCCUUCACCUCUCGAAGCAACCUCAUCAUCACAAAUCAUCUGCCCAGAUGGGGUCACCUCAGCAAACUUUUACCCUGAAACUUGGGUUUAUAUGCAUCCAUCUCAGGACUUUAUCCAAGUGCCUGUUUCUUCAGAGGACAAAAGCUAUCGAAUUAUUUACAAUCUUUUUCAUAAGACUGUGCCUGAAUUUAAAUAUAGAAUUUUGCAAAUAUUGAGAGUCCAAAACCAGUUUCUUUGGGAGAAAUAUAAAAGGAAAAAGGAAUAUAUGAACAGAAAAAUGUGUGGCCGUGACAGAAUAAUAAAUGAGAGGCACUUAUUUCAUGGAACAUCCCAGGAUGUGGUAGAUGGAAUCUGCAAGCACAACUUUGACCCUCGAGUCUGUGGAAAGCAUGCUACAAUGUUUGGACAAGGCAGUUAUUUUGCAAAGAAGGCAAGCUACUCUCAUAAUUUUUCUAAGAAGUCCUCCAAAGGAGUCCAUUUCAUGUUUCUGGCCAAAGUGCUGACUGGCAGAUAUACGAUGGGUAGUCAUGGCAUGAGAAGACCUCCUCCCGUCAAUCCCGGCAGUGUCACCAGUGACCUGUAUGACUCUUGUGUGGAUAAUUUCUUUGAGCCUCAGAUUUUUGUCAUUUUUAAUGAUGACCAGAGUUACCCUUAUUUUGUUAUUCAAUAUGAAGAAGUCAGUAACACUGUUUCCAUUUGAAAAAUCUUGGUACUGUUAAAUUAUUUGAUAUGAACUCAAUCCAGCAUUUGUAGCAGGUUUUGGAUGGGUGGGACAGAGUGGGAAACAGCAUUGGACAUUAAUAGGGCACUUUUAAGACCCAAUUUUUUAAGUGUUAGAAAGUAAAAAAUUUUUUAAAGAAAAACAAGUUUUAAAAUGACCACUUACUCUUUAAUUAUUUACUAAUUGUUGUUAGUGUACUCAGUGUGGGAAAGACUACAGAUUGCAUACUCUUCAUUCACACUUGUACAUAUAGGCAGCAAUGUUAUUAGAAGCAUUAAAAAAAAAAGAGCCUAACUAAUUGAAUGUGACUUAAGCCUGGUAGAAGUUUGGCCAAAUGAAAUGGAAGCUGUGAACAAAGUGAGGAUUUGGUAUAUUUACAGUGAUAAAACUGACUGGAACUAGUAUUAUCAUACGUACUCCCUGUCCAAAGUGGAAAGAAAUAUUUCUAUCAGCCAGACUGACAUGUAUCACCGAACCAAAGCGUACCAGUGACUUCAACUUUUGCAGAGUUUGCCUGAGAAUUCAGAGUUCUGUUUAGAGAGGAAGUUUUAGAAAAGGAACUAUUUGAAAAAUUUUUGUCAUCAGCAAAAUUUUUCACUAGCCAGUUAUAUGUGAUUCUCGUGUUGUUACACUUCAGCCUUG